UCGGCGUUUGUACAAAAAAAAAAUAUAUUUCCAUCACUGACGGAAUGGGCCUGGAAAAAAAGGAUUGUUCAUCUUAAAACAUCCCAAAGCGCUGCUAUUUGGUCCAUCACCAUUAUGCAAUCUCUCAUCGCUUUUGGUUCCUCUUGCUUCCCUCACUCUCACUCUCCUUGUACUCAGCUGCAAAAUCUCAGACGUUUUGUCCCCAGAACUCGCUGCGGCUCGAACGAAGACCGAAGCACUGUGACCGGAAGCAAACUCAGCAUCGCUUGGCCGCUCUCCAUCUCCCUCUUCGGUUCAGGCUUCUUUCUGGGUACUCUCAUCGAUGGACUCCACUCGAGGGUCAAUCUCGUCGUCUACGAAAAUGGGUCAAUCGAUCUUGGCCCUCUCCACACGAACAUCUGGGUCCCUCCAUUGCUGGGGUUGUUCUAUUGCACUGUUGGGUUGCUUCUGCUGUACUUGGAUGAGAGAACUUCUUCAAAGGCUUCGCAAGGGAGUUUGGAGAAAACAGUUGCUUCACUGGUAGCACUGGUGGGUUUCAUUGAAUUGAGCGCUGAGCUGUACAAAGCUGGAGUGGCAGACAACGUUGAGGCAUACAUUCUGUUUGCAGUCGCUGAGUUAAUAUGGUUGUCCCUGGACAGAAGUUGGUUUGGUUUUGCCUUUGCUUGCGUUGUUGGUGUUGCCUGCCCGUUGGCUGAGAUUCCUCUCAUGAAGUUCUUUAACCUCUGGUAUUACCCACAAGCAAAUGUUGAAAUCCUUGGUCAGGUAAUCUUGUAGACGCCCUCAUUCACCUGCUAUCCGCAAAUAUGACUAAUGAAAACAUAAA